AAAACGAGUCUUGGAAUCGACACAAGUGAAUGUCAACAUUUAAAAUCUAAAUCGGAGUCGACUCCGAGUAGUGUUGAAUCGAACAGAGCUAAAAACGCGUUGCGUUACCUAGCAACAAGUCGACACCGGGUCACACUGUCUGGAGCAGGUGUGAGAAAGACAACAAGCAGCUAUGGCGGAGAAUAACGGCCUGGAGAAGCCUGACCCUGGAGCACUUAGCCCUGAACAGCAGGAGCAACUGCGCCAGUUUAAGAUCAAGAUGAGAAUAGCUAAUGAAAUGUAUCUGAGAGCUCAUCCAGAGAUAGAAAUGCUGCUGAGUGAUUUUCUAAGAAAUGUUUUUGUACAAAAACCAGUGGAUAUUCAUGAAUUUGCUGCAGAUCACUUCAGUGACCAAGACCUACCAGCAAAAAUUCAGAUGAAGUUAGAUGAGAGUGCUACAAGGAAAAUAUGAUUUUUGUCCUAUGAGCAUUUUAAAAACAUCUUUUUAAUAAACAUUGAUUUACUGAUCUGUUGCCAUUUGUUUUACCAGUGGGCAAGCAGUCCUUCAUUGGCACAAUAAUGCCUAGGUCACGCUACACGAUUUUUGCCCUGAUUUUUGCUCGCAGACAGGUCGCAGACAGAUUUGCCAGCUCUGAGACAUAUCGGCGUUCACUCGGGGCUCGAAAAUCGGCUCUCGAUUGCUAUGUGUGAACUGUUCAACGAAAAAUUGUUGAUUGCUCACAGACUCUGCAAGAUACAGUGCGAGGUGAAACCCAGGGGAAGCUGAUAAAUGUCAGAAAGCAUGGAAAAUAAAGUUUCUAUCAGAAUACAUUAGAAUACACACAAGCUUUACAGUAUUUGUGAUCUUAUCGUCCAUUCCAAACCGUAACGGCUCCUUUCCAUUGCAAAAAUAUUUGUUUACCCCCAAUUAUUUCAGUACAGGUGAUCCCUGCUGGCAAUUUAGCCAAAUCCACUCCUUCACCCAGAUUCUUUACUUUUUCCUCUUUGCAAUGUGCACCUCUUGCUUCUUGCUGACGUCUGUUUUUGGAGGGAAAUUACCCGUCUCUCACAUGAUAUUAUUGUACCCAUUAUUAGUUCUUGUGUGUGUUUGUGACAAAAUGUUGUUUGGGAGACCAGACAGUCUCAUCUGAGAUUCCUCCUGGUAGUAGAUCAUGUAGUGUGUGACCCCCCCCAAUCACCAAUCAAUCAUGUAGUGUGAAAACCACAACAACUUAAAAGAAUCCUGAAUACAAAAGAACAAAAUGUGUAGUGUGAACUGUACAGCGAACUAAACACUGUGAAAGUCGUGCAGUGUGAACUUGACGUCAACUGGUUCUGGGACUGGCGUCAAGUUUCAAGGUAUUUUUUUCCUUAAAGGAUGUAUGGAAAGCCUGUUGAUGGGUUCCAUGGUCCCGUGAAACUGCAUAUUUUUUAGGUUUAUGUAAAAUAAUGGGGUUCUUUUUGACACUUAUUCACUAAAAAGAACACAAUAAUAUAAAAACACUGAAAUACAAUUGAAUACAAUUAAAAAUCAAUAAAAAAUGCAAUAAAACUUG